UGAAAUCGAGGCAUUCCAGUUCCUCCCUAUACUCUGCACCCUCCUCCUCCUUCUUACCCGGAUUUCCUGGCGUGACCGACGUUUCGUGUCUGUUUAGACUUAAAAAAUGCGUUACGUGGCCGCUUACCUCCUGGCUGUGCUUGGUGGAAACACCAGCCCCUCUGCAAAGGACAUCAAGGCCAUCUUGGGCAGUGUGGGAAUUGAGGCCGAUGAUGAGCGCUUAAACAAGGUCAUCAGUGAGCUGAAUGGGAAAGACAUCAAUGAAGUCAUGAACUCAGGUAAAGGCUCUUCAGUAAACACAAUGUCACCUGGGGGGCCCCCCGCCGCUGCUGCUGCUGGCGGGGGCGCUGGAGCUGGGGCUGCGCCUGCUGCUGCGGAAGAGAAAAAGGAAGAGAAGAAAGAAGAAUCAGAAGAGUCAGAUGAAGAUAUGGGCUUUGGACUCUUUGAUUAAUCCGCCUUCUCUGUGUUUAAAAAGCAAUAAAAAUGGAAAAGGUUUACACA